AUGGGUGCUGGCGACGUUAUCCCUCACGACUUGAAGCAAUCACUAGUCGACGCGCUCUACUUCGACAAGAUUGACGACCGUGUAACACAUCUCACACCCGCCGCAGGGUCUACCUGCCGUUGGUUUCUCUCCAAGGAGGAAUACACAACCUGGCGUGACUCUGCGAAGCAGCCUGACCACAGCGGCUUCCUUUGGAUCAAAGGCAAUCCCGGCACAGGAAAGUCAACUUUGAUGAAAAUGCUGUUCGAAGAGGCCAGGAAAAGCUCGGUGGGCGACCCAUCAGAAAUCGUUCUGUCCUUCUUCUUCCUCGCGCGAGGCACGCUUAAGGAAAGAUCAACUUCCGGCCUAUACCGAUCUCUCCUCCACAAGCUCUUCAAGACGUCGGAGGAUUUGUGGGCUGGCUUGGACUUGAUGACAGCUGAUGCCGCAAGGGGUAUUCUGGUAAACGGCUGGCACGAAGAAGCAUUGCAGCAGACAUUCGAGCAUGUCAUUCGAAACCUCGGGACUCGGUCGUUAACGAUAUUCGUUGACGCGUUGGACGAGUGCGAGGACGACCAGGCUAAGGAGCUAGUUGAUUUCUUUGAGGCCCUCUGCGAUCUGGCCCAGGAGGAAAAUAUUCACCUCUUGAUCUGUUUCUCUAGCCGGCACUACCCGCAUAUUGAGAUUCGGAAAGGCAUCAGCGUCACUUUAGAAGACGAAGCCGGCCAUGAAGAGGACCUAAAAUACUACGUCAAGUCGAAACUCAGGCUGCGAAGGUCCAAGGCGGCCGAAUCACUCCAGUCGGAGAUCCUUGAGCAAUCCGCUGGGACCUUUCUAUGGGUCGUCUUGGUCAUUGAUAUCCUAAACUCGGAAUACCCUGGGAAGCGCAUUGAUAAGAUGCGUGAACGGCUGAAAGAGAUCCCGCAGAAACUCGCCGACUUGUUCGAAUUGAUAAUCACGCGAGACGGAGAAAACCCGGUGCUCCUCCAACUUUGUCUCCAAUGGAUUCUCUUUGCCACCCGCCCCCUCAAGCCACAGGAGCUGUACUUCGCCGUCCACUUUGGCCUCGACAAAGGCUUUUCCGGCUUCUGGGACCCGCAAGAUGUGGACUUGGACGAGAUAAAGACCUUCGUAAGGCACUCUUCCAAGGGCUUGGCCGAGGUCACACGAAACAAGGCUGCCGAGGUCCAGUUCAUCCACGAGUCUGUCCGCGACUUCUUGCGGGGCAGAUACGACGCCCAGUGGUUCGAGUCUGCUUCAGGCAGUUUCGAGGGCCAUGGCCACCGGGUUUUGAGGGAUUGCUGUUUAGCUCAACUGUUGGACAUCUCCGAGGACCAAGUUGUUGCGCUAAGGACCACAUAUCGAGAACAUAUUACCUCGCAGUUUCCAUUUCUCGAGUACUCACUCAACGUACUCCGUCAUGCCGAUAGCGCUCAGCAGCACGGAGUCGAACAAAGGAACUUCCUCGACGAGUUUCCUCUCGUCCAGUGGAUCAUCCUGAACAAUGUACUCGAGAAGUUCAGUAUCCGCAGAUAUCACGAAAGUGACGAAACGGCUAGCUUGCUUUACAUUCUUGCGGAAAGAAACUUGGCCGGGCUCAUCAGGGCAUACCAGUGGAAGGAAUCCGGCUUUGUUCCUGUUGGAAGGAACCGAUAUAGGGCGCCGAUAAUCGCCGCGCUAGCCACUAAUGGUGAUGAGGCAGUCCAAGCGUUGUUAGAAACCGAGGCGAGAAGGCAGCCGCCCGAUUCCCAGCUCCACGAGCUUUGCAAGCGGUACUCCAAAAAGAAAGCGACACCCCCGAAACUAGGCCGCGACUUUACCUAUGGAAUGUCGAGAAGCGUUGCCUCCUACAUCGCUGAGCUAGGUAACGAUAUUUUGCGAUCAUUCACGCUACCAUUGUUUUUAAACCCUCGUCGAGAAUCUAUCAUACACCUAUUAGUUCAAAAGGGUGCCGAGGUUAAUUCGGAAGACCAGCACGGUCGAACUCCGUUAUCAUAUGCGGCUGAGAGGGGAUACUCUCAUAUUGUGGAUUCACUCCUUCAAAGGGGCGCCCAAGUCGAUUUGAGGGAUAACGACGGUCGCUCAGCAUUAUCCUGGGCCGCUCAGAGACGUGAUAUAACCCGUGAAGCGGGCACAGUGAGGCCGAGCACCGAAGCCGUUGUGAAUUUACUCCUCCAAUGGGGCGCCCAAGUCGAUUCGAGGGAUAAGAACGGGCGAACGCCGUUGUCGUAUGCCGCUGAGACAGGAAGACCUCAUAUUGUGGAUCUA